AUGGAAGACAGUGAUACAAAUAUGAACUCAGAGCAAACUAAUUCAUCUGCAAAGUUUUCAGUUAGAUUUCUGGGGUCCAUGCCUAUGAAUCGGCUGUAUUCACAAACCAUGCAGCCUUGGGUUAUGGCAGAAAUACAUCGACAAAAGAAGUGCAUACAAGAGGAUGUAGGAGAGAAUCCACUGCUGUUUGAGCAUUCUCUAAGGAGUGUCACCCGAUUUGCGAAACUGCAUCAAGACCCCAAGUGUUUUGGAUAUUUGACUCGGGACCAGCUGGAUGUUGAUUUUGUAUGCCACGUGUAUCUUGCUGACUGUGAGGCUGUGGUGAAAUUUGUAGGUCGGGUCAAAGUUGGUGGCAAGAAAGUGACCUCAGAUGAUAUUGACCGUCUGGCAGAGAAAAUUAUAACAGAGUUGGAGAAAAGGGAGCUGGAGAAGAUUAAAAGAGAGGAAGAGGUACUAAAAGAACGAAGGCGGCGUCAUGCCAGUGAGGCUAGCAUUGGUUCAUUCUCAGACACUAUGGAGGAUGCAGAUGAAGAACUGACCCCACUCAACAAGACAGAGACACAGAAAGACAUGCUGGAGACUCCUGAAUCAUCACUACCCCAAGGAGGAUAUAACACUGAGGCAGUGCAGGUAGACCGACCUGAUGAUGUUGACGGCAGCUUUGGAAGCAGUUCACACAGUUUGGCAGGUCUUUCCCUGAAAGGUUCUCGGAGUCGUCACUCAUCCACUUCUGAUUCAAGAAGGGGUUCAACCCAGGAAGUUUUAUUUGGCAGACAGCGGCUUGACAGCAGCAGUUCUCAUGAGAGUGUCGGCUCUGUUCAUCCCAGACAGGAAGUUGGUCAGGCUAUGGUCUUGAAGAUUGGUCAGCAGGGUAUGACCAUGAUUAGCCUGGACAAGAAGAAGGUCUUCCUGGAGUUUAAUUUCAAAGACAUAUCAUCUGUAUCACAGGGAAGUCGUAGGCAGGAUAUGUUUGGGAUUGUGGCCAGGGAGUCUGAGUCGCGGUUCACCUGCUACUUGCUUAGAUGUCUGUCUGGAUCAGUGGUUGCGGAGAUUAUGAGUACUUUACAGAUGGCUUUUGCAACAGCUUAUAACAAACGUGGGACUACUGCAUCAACAACAGCAACAACAGCGGCCUCCCACCACCAGAUCUGCACAUCAUGCCCUCUGUAUCAGAUUCAUCGAAUUUGUCAAGAUAUUAAUGCAAUGCCUUCUCAAGCAGCCUAUGACCUGCUGGUGAAGAAAGUACAGCUGCUGCCAGACCAUGAGCUGAAUGAGCUGAACAGCCUUAUGCAGGCUGAGGAGCCGGAGUCAUUUGAGGAGUCGGUGGAGGUGAUGGUGAGCUUUCUUCGACAUUUGUGUGAAAGAAAACAGAAGGAGCAUGUCCACAUCUCGGAGACCAGUAAAUCUAGCAAAGCAGGUGUGAAUACACUAGAAGAUAAACAUAAUCUUUUUGAGGGACUGAGGAGCAAGGCCAAGAAAAGUUUCACAACUUCGUUUGAGAAUUUGCUUAACAGGGGCAAGAAGAAGGAGGAUGGCUGUCGGACAGUUAGCUGGACUACGGACAGUGAUGCUAGUUAUGCUUCUAGGGUUAGUGACUCAUCAGCAACCUCCACACCUGAGGCAUCCCCAAUGAGCAAGGAGUUCCACCACAGUUUUCCCAGUCCACCAACCUCCCCAGGAGCAUUCAGACACAGGAGUGCAACAUGUGAGAAUUUGGGUUCCUCCCCUCACUCAGACAUGCAGCCAGCUAGGAGGAGGGAUGUCAACCACAAUACCACUUCAACCCCUGUCAAGAAUGUGAUUAUUUCAGGGAUCAUUGGCUCUCAGUUCUCGGACAGCGUGUCUUCGUCCUGUGUGAGCUCCCCCCAGGACAACACCACUGUGGUUUCCUCUCUGAUGAGACGCCCCAGCAGCUCUUGGAGAAAGGCCAUCUUCAAUCGAGUCUGCACUCCACAGCAUUCAUGGGAUUACGGAGAUGAUGAACAGUCUGUGGGAAAACUGCAUGAUACUGAAGAGAUUCGAACCAUGUGGAAGAAAGCCUUUCUUGAAACACUGCUUCUCAUCAGACUGGAGAAGGAGUAUCACAGUAUCAGAGAGUAUUUCGUGUUUUAUGGGAGCCAGUCUGUGGUAGUCUUCCGUG